AUUCUAAAGGACGCCACACUUUACUUCUCGCGUGCAACACCUAACCUUGCAACAGUGAUACCAGCAAUGGAUCACAUCGACAAGAUGCUCAUGUCCUAUUUGUGCAACAAGAAAUAUCUGCCUUCAAUUCAUUUGGCAGUUCGGCUUGCAAAAAAGACACUCAACCAGUACUAUCAGCUCACAGACAGGUCUCACACAUAUUGGAUCUCCAUGGUGUUACAUCCCCAACACAAGCUAUUAUACUUCAAGGCAGCAGACUGGGAAGACAACUGGAUCCAAACU